AACCAAACAACUUCCAGACCUUUCUAGUUCGAAGCAUCCAGAAAUCCGCUGCUCUUUUUUAUUCAUCAGCACCCAUUGCCAACCGAAGUCCAGCUCUGUUGCCAUUUUCUCGAACACAAUACGCCCUUGUUCAAAUCUUACGGAAACCCUAGCAACCAUGGCGAAGUACGGCGAGGGCGACAAGCGAUGGAUCGUGUCUGAGCGCGCAGACGGCACUAACGUGCAUAAUUGGCAUUGGGUGGAGCGUGACUGCCUCGAAUGGUCGCGAUCGCUCUUAUCUUCCCUUCUCUCCGACCUCACCCUCCUCAACGGAGAGGGUGGCAUCUUCAUCCGCACCAAAACUCUGGACAAGCUUGAUGGAGAAGCAUACGUCAACGUUCGGAAGGGCAAGGUCAUCCCCGGCUACGAACUCUCCCUCUCCCUCUCCUUCGAAGCGGAGACACGCAGCGAUUCCUCCAGCGUAGACGGCAACGCCGAGCCUCUUCUUCGCCUUACCGGAUCCUUUGAGGUCCCUUACCUGGCUGACGAGAACGCCGGCGACGAUCCUGAGGUCCGAAUCACCGUUCGUGAUGACGAUGGGCCUAUCGGUCGCCGGAUCAAAGACGCUUUCAUUGCGAAAGGAAAGCCCGUCGUUCUUGAGAAGAUCCGGUCAUACGUGCUGGCUAUGUCAAAGGGUGGCCCGGCCAAGGACGAGCUGGAGGAGAAAAUCCCUCCUUUAUCGUCUGUGAAGAAAGCUGCCGUCCCACUGACAGCGAGCAAGGAAUCAGCCGAUAUUCCAGUAAAGAAGCCGAAGAAGGAGAAGGAGGGAUUCAAAACAAUUAAGUUGACUGAGAGGUUUAGCUGCAGGGCCAGGGACAUUUAUGAGAUAUUGAUGGAUGAGAAUAGGUGGAAAGGCUUCACUCAGAGCAAUGCUAUGAUCAGCAAGGAGGUUGGUGGUCAAUUCAGUCUCUUUGAUGGGUCGAUUACCGGAAUAAACGAGGAGUUGCAGGAAGGGAAAUUAAUUGUGCAGAAAUGGAGAUUCAAUAACUGGGUUGAUGGUAUAUAUUCAUCGGUAAGGCUUGAUUUUGAUGAGCCAGAGCCUGGUAUUGCAAUUGUCAAGCUAACUCAGACUGGAGUUCCUCAAGAUGAUAGGUUUGGGAAUUCUACAGUGGUCGAGAACACAGAGAAGGGAUGGAGAGAGCUGAUCUUUCAUAAGAUAAGAGCUCUCUUUGGCUUUGGAAUAUAAGUUCCCUUCAAGAAGCUUUCUUUAUUAGAUGUUUGGUUUUAUUAAGCAAAUUUUAGUUGCCAUAAGGUUAUAAUUCAUGUAGUUCACCGGGGUUAAUUGUUGAACUGUUACUUUGUUAAGUUGGUCAAAAUGGCAAUUUUCUCCCCCUCUUCAGAAACGGGGGGAUGAAACUAAAAAAACAUUUAAAAUGAUAGUUGGCUUGAUCAGCCCUUGUACCUUUUAGUAACUAAAGUGUUUACUUUCCAUCAA